AUGUACGUGAGACAGCAGCAUGCGCAGGAGGAAGAAGCGUUAAGCGUGCAUCUUCUGGAUGACGCGAACCAGCUUGCCCAGCUGGGACAGUACCUUCCGGCGCACAUCUUCGGCAUAGUUCUGCCUCUCGUGGGCGAUGAGAUUGCAAGCGGUGCGGCGGAGCUGAACGCGCAGGCGGAAGGUACGCGCCAGCUUCUCCUGCAAUCGGCGGUGCUGCGGCGGUCGACCGUGUUGGCGCCACUGUUGAAGCAGCAGCUUGUCACGCGGGCCAUCCAGCUUCAACGACGCCGCGCACAGCUGGUGCAGCAGCUCCAGCGCCAGAUUCGACACUGGCGCUCGGCCCCACCAGGAGCCGGCGCGGCUUCGGCUUCCAGGGGCGAUGGGCCCUACCGACGCGGUGGCACACUGAGUGGGUCAACAGCGCCGACCCCUGCGCACACUGGCGAGGGGGCACUGCGCGAGACGUGGGCCACGCUGCGGGAGGCGUUUCGCUUUGAGGAGGGCAAGGCACACCUCGUGCAGGCCCCACUGUGCCCGUCCGCUGCCGCGUUACGCGCGCUUCUGGCCGAGGUGGUGGCGGGGGGCCAGAGCGGGCUGCACCGACGUGUUGUGGAGCAGGUGGCCGGUGCAAGCCCGCAUCACGGCCAGAGCCCCACCACAGCCUCCCCCUCCACCGGAGCUCUCGGGAGCUGUACCAAGGGCGACCGUGAUGCGGACGUGGGCGGCAGCGGCGGCAGUGCCGAGGACGCAAUUGAAGCUGCGCUGCAGCUCCUCCUCCGCUACACAAGGCAGACACGGACGGGGGAACCGCGGGCCGAUCGCACUGCAGCACGUGGAAGAGCGCCGCGGUCUGGGGCAUCGUUGCCAACGCCUGCUUCAUCGGGGCCUCUCGCCAGAGCCACCGCCUUCCACGCCUCUGAGGUCGAUGGCCGCCUACAAGCAGCAGAUCUGACCGGCGUGUGUAACGUGGACGUGUGCUCGGACGACGCGGAGGAGGACGUCUUUGAGAGCAGUCCAAUUCGCCAGCAUCAGAGCGCCGCCACAAGCGCUGGUGCAGCACCAGCUAGCGGUGCCGCUUCUCGGACAGCACAAACGACCUCUGCCGCAGGGGCGACACCUGAGCAAGCUUCCAUGUGGCUCCGCGUCCCUGGCAUUCUACCCCUCGGCCAGUACUGCGCGGAGCUACCGUGGGUAGCCGACCUCGCCGACCAGCGGUACACCGAAGCACGGGAGCACAAGAAGCACGGCAACGGCGGCGCUGGUGAGGUGGGCUACAUCAGUCGCCAUGUGCAGCCAGGGGAACAGGACAGCGGCGAGGGUGUGGAAGGUAGGGAGGCGCGCUACGAAGCUGGCUACAUCGCCCCCACACCUGCCGCCCUGCAGAUGAUGCCACCACUUGGCUACCUAUUUGCCCCUGCGUUGGUAGGCGGCUCUGUUGGUAGCGCCUGCAGCAGCGGCGAGUCCGUCGUUGGGCGUGCCAUGCGCCAUGCCGCUGGUGGUGCUGCAGGUGCCCCGCGCGCGGCGCCUACCGACUUCCACACAGACCGCGAAGGGGCCUCCUCUGCACCAGAGGAGGAGCGCUCGUGGCUGGCGCGUGUAGUGGUCAAGUGCGUCUCCGCUGCCGUAGAUGCGGCAUGGCAGGGUGUGGAGGAGACUGUGGUGGCGCCUUUCUGCGCUCAGCGGCGCCGUGGCUUCUCAUCCGGGGUGCUCCCGGCUAAGGUUACGCUUGCUGCUGCAGAUGCGGGUGCUUCGGCAAGGGGCGGAGAGGGUACAGACGAGGAGGAGGAGGAGGUGAUAACGCAGUUCAUGGAGGUACUGCGCGUGCGCUACGCUGUGGAGCUGGCGGCUCAGGUCUUGGCGGCACGCCACGCUACGGAGCUGCUGCUGGACAGCGAAGACAGCGUGAUCUUUGCCGAAAGGCGCCUCGUCUCACUCGUGGUUGGCGGCGGUGAUUUUGCAGCCGCGGCGUGCAGCGAGAGCCGUGCCACGGCGGCGGCUCAGCGAGCGUCACCGUCUCCAGCGCCGGUGCUCACCUGCACGGUUCUCAGCCUUCCAGGGGUGAAGGAAAUCUUCUACGUGAUGGCGUACUGCACGGGGGCCGCUCUGCUGUGUGACGUGGCCGCCGUAACAGCGGCUUCCGGCUACGAUGUCGGCGGCCGACGGGGAGGUGCAGGUGCGCGGCAGCGACAAGAGUACCUGAUGGUGGAUGUGGACGCAGAGGAGAACGAGGAGGGAGAUCAGCAGGAGGAAGGGCGCCUGGUGGAACACGACAAGCGCAUGACUGAUGGCCCUCGACGCGCCCCCUCUCCCUUCACUGCACAGCGUGCAGACCUUGCCAACGAAGAGGAUCCUGUUGCCCGGCGGCAAGCGUCUCUGCAGGCGUGGGCUACGCUCUUCGAGGCCGAGUACCUGAGAGGUUGCCACAACACUGCCGCCUUCGCGGAUGCCCCUUGGUCUGCCGGUCCGGCGUCGGUGUAUUCGUCUUGGUCGCUGGCCCCUUACUACCGUCUGUGGCUGUACAUGUGGGAGUACGUGCUGACUGUGGAAGCACCUGCACCCUCAUUGCCCAAUCCUCUGCCCAGCGGCGGCGCUGGUCUCGCUCAGCUUCCCGUUGCAUUGCGCACGGCGCGGCGCUGGAUAGAAACGGUGAUCCACGCGUCUGUGAUGCAUGGCUGCGCCGAGGCGGGGCUGCUGGUGAGCAGUGCCACGCCGGCGAACCUCGCAUAUGAACCCACGGCGUGGCUGCAGGCGCACCUAUCCGCGGAGCAGACGGAGCGACUCAUCAAGGUGACAAUGGUGCAAGCGCGUCACGCGCUCUUGCAGGUGUCCGGGGCUGGUGGAGGGGCAGGGGCAGCCCCAUCGCACUGA